ACUCACUCUCUCACACACUCGCACACACACGACAAUCCCACCACCACCACAACCACAACCACAAUCAUGUCCACCACUCCCACCUCACACACCCACACCCACACCCACCGCCGCCGACCCUCCUCCCAGACCCGCCGUCCACUCUCCCGCCCAACAACGCCCCUCCGCCCACCCUCCCGCUCCUCCCUACGCGCCAGCACAUCCACAUCCACCGCCGCCACCAGCACCCUCCCCCUCGAGCAUCUCGACUCCCAAUUCGCCGAGCUGAGCGACGGCAUGGCCGACCUCGAGGCAAACUUCAUCUACCUCGGCCUCAUGCACGAGAGCCUGGCGCGCUUCAGCGAGAGCUUUGCCGCCUUUCUGUACGGCCUGAACAUGAAUGCCUUUUGUGUUGAUUUUCCGGAGGCGCCCAUCCCGCCUUCAUUCACCCGGCCCGCUGCUACUGCCACUGCGCGGCCGCAGUCGCUGCUCUCGCACCUGCCUUCGCGCGGCCCAGCGCCCUCUGAUCCCGAUCCUGAAGCGACCUUUCUGACUACUGAUACCUCCUUUGUUGAGAAUCCGCCGUCCAGUCGCACCGGCAAUAAAUUUCAGACACCGACGCCGGCGAGCAGGAUUGGCCGUGGCGGUGGAGGCGGCAUUCCGCGUGCUGGUGGACGAGGACGCGGGAGUGGCAUUCCGGCGAGGGGAUCGAUGGUGGGGAGAGGGAGGGCGAGGGGACGGGGACGGGGGGCUUGA